UUCAUCUGCACUCUUAUGAUUUUACAAUCCAAAAUUUCCAGCCCAUAUAAUUAAUAACAAUGGAGAAACGAAAUGUAUUGACAGGACACUUUAAAUGAGAAUUAGUGUUGCUAAAAAGAUAAAUCGUUUUCAAUGGUUUUAUCAAGGUGAUUCCAUUUAAAUAUUAGCAAUAGUUCGGCUGAGAAGCCACAAAGUUCUUGUUUGCACUUUUUAUUACCGUGUUUACAAAGCCAGUGUUCGAGCAAUAAUUCAUUUGUGCGACUGUGUAUUGUGAUAAUAAUUGCAUUCUGCGGUAGAUAUUUGCUGGACGACGCGCUUCAGCUGGUGUGCGAGUGUAAAGGCAGAAACACUGAUUGGAUGAAGGAAAGAUGAAAUUUGCCGAACAUCUAUCCGCUCAUAUCACUCCAGAAUGGAGAAAACAGUACAUAAACUACGAAGAGAUGAAGGCCAUGUUAUACAUGGCCGUCGAGCAAGCCCCUUCGGUCGAAAGCGUAGACGCAGAAGACCUGAGGAAGCAUUUUGCCAAUUUUGAUGAGCAAUUCUUCCAUUACUGCGACAGCGAGCUGAAGAAGAUCAAUACAUUUUAUGCUGAGAAGCUUGCCGAGGCCACUAGGAAGUUUGCCACCUUAAAUAGUGAACUCAAAGACUCGCUGAAUAAUAUGAGAUUAGGUCCGAAAAGAGAUAAGAAGAGAGUUCCAGCUCGCAAGCUGCAAGAUCUAAAGCUGGCUUUCAGCGAAUUUUACCUCAGCCUGAUAUUGCUUCAAAACUACCAGACACUUAACAAUACGGGAUUCAGGAAAAUACUCAAGAAACAUGAUAAGUUACUUAACACAGAUGUAGGCACAAAAUGGCGAGAAGAGCACGUUGAAACAUCUCACUUCACCAGUAAUAAGGAUAUAGAUAAUAUUAUCAAUGAAACGGAAAACGUGGUAACCAACGAGUUGGAAGGCGGAGACAGACAAAGGGCAAUGAAACGACUUCGAGUGCCUCCUUUGGGCGAGCAGCAGUCACCAUGGACCACUUUUAAGGUUGGCCUCUUCUCAGGAAGUUUCAUUGUUCUUUUAAUAACCGUCGUUUUAUCGGCCAUAUUCCACGAUAGUGAUAGCAACGAUAAUCUCAAAAUAGCGUUUCGCAUGUAUCGAGGACCGCUCGUACUAAUCGAAUUCAUAUUUCUCAUCGGCGUUAACAUUUAUGGAUGGAGAUCAUCAGGAGUAAAUCAUGUGCUCAUAUUCGAAUUGGAUCCGAGAAAUCAUCUCUCUGAGCAGCACUUAAUGGAGCUGGCAGCAAUUUUCGGAGUCGUUUGGGCACUAAGUCUACUCAGCUUCUUGUAUAGCGCCGCUCUGAGUAUACCUGCUUACGUUAAUCCUUUAGGACUCGUGAUUAUUAUGGCUGUAUUUCUAUUUAACCCUCUAAAGGUGUUUAGACAUGAGGCCAGGUUCUGGUUGUUAAGAGUUUGCGGAAGGAUGUUCGCAGCUCCGUUUUUCCAUGUGGGAUUCGCGGAUUUCUGGCUAGCCGACCAGCUCAAUAGCUUGGUAAAUGGACUACUCGAUGUACACUUUUUAAUUUGUUUCUACUUCACUAAUGGCAAUUUUCUGGAAGCAGGAGAUACCACAUCGUGCAUGGAAAAGAAUUUCUUGAUCAGGCCCUUGGUCAAUUGUAUACCCGCAUGGAUCCGUUUUGCUCAAUGCCUCAGAAGAUACUAUGAUUCCAGGGAACCGUUCCCGCAUUUAGUCAACGCUGGAAAGUAUUCUACUACCUUUUUUGUAGUUAUUUUCGGCACUUUGAAAGGCUAUUAUAAAGACGAUUACACAUCAGUAUUGGACAAUCCAUAUUACAUAAUGUGGAUUUUGUCGCAACUGGUCAGCUCUACCUACGCGUACAUUUGGGAUAUAAAGAUGGAUUGGGGGCUGCUGGAUAAAAAUGCGGGUGAAAAUACUUUUUUGCGUGAAGAAAUAGUAUAUUCAUCCUCGUUUUUCUAUUAUUUUGCCAUAAUCGAAGACUUUGUCCUGCGAUUUACUUGGACCAUUGCAAUAUACUUAACGGAGUUCAAAUACAUCAGUCCAGAUAUGAUGACAUCCAUUACGUCCCCACUUGAAGUGUUCCGCAGAUUUGUUUGGAAUUUCUUCCGCUUGGAGAACGAACAUUUGAACAAUUGCGGUAAGUUCAGAGCCGUCCGGGACAUUUCGGUGGCUCCUAUCGAUUCAUCCGAUCACAUCCAAAUUCUUCGUAUGAUGGACGAGGAUGAUGGAGUGGCGCAUAGAGGUAAAAAACAGAAAGCGCCCAAAAAGAAAGAGGACAAAAUGCUCCUAUUGCCCGACGCCACAAUUGUCAACUUUAAAAAUAUUCCUUUUUCGGGCAUACAAGGUUGAUUCAGCAGUUUUUUAUAUCGCAUUCAUGCAGUAACUUACAAUUAGCUUUAGUUAGUUCCUUUUUACAAGUGAAAAAAGACGUAGGAUUUUUGAGCUUUUUACAUACGAAUGUAUUACGGAAGUGCCUUCAAUAGUUUUAUACAUAUACAGGGUGUCAUCAGUUGGUGUGCAUACGCAACAAAUUUUACUUUCUUUCAUAAAACAAUGAGGUUGUGGAUUUUUUUACAUCUACAUAAAACUCAGAACCUUGUUUGAUACAGUCAAAAUACGUUUAUUAUUUCUGAUUUAUCAGUCAAAAGCAAGUGGUUUGCCUGGUCAAACUUGUCAAAGAAGGCUAAAAGAUAUUGUUGCAAUAAAAACCUCAAUGAAAAUUAGAUUCUACAAACUAAUUUCUGGAAUAUUCAAUCUCCUCCGAUGCCACCCUGUACUUUUUUUUUAAAUGUUCUCUGGUAGUUUUCUCACAACAUCGAAGAAGAAGUUUAUUUCUUGAAUAGUAUUAUAGACUUUUUAUUAAAAUGCCCACGCACGGUGAGUAGCUAUAAUAUAAGACUAUACAUGAUGAUUCAGGAUAUGUGUAGAAUAAACGGUAUAUGCACAUCUGUCCAGAUCCGAUUUUUAUUUGUUUCAGAGAUUAAUUGCAAUUUAAAAACAAUCAAAUCAUAAUGACAAUAUUGUACAGUUUGGAAGACACCUGGAUCACCCUGUAUACAUUAAAAUCUAUAACCCACAUUCCUUAUUAUGUUAUAAAAAGAAACCAACACAUGCAGGUUGUCCCAAUUGUGUUUAAAAAAAUCUUCCGUGUCGCAUAACUUGAAUAGCAUAUUUUGUCAUCCCUUUAUCUUAUUCUCACAGUAUUAAAACGACCCAUUCAUCUGAGACCAAUUUGAACCACACUGUACACAUAUACAUAAGUGUACUUCUCGAAUUAGUACUUAAAAUCUAUUAAAGGUACUUAGUCAUCUCUCAUGAAAUAGUGAUAGUGAAACGUGGUUACCCAAGCGCCAAGAUAUUUUUCCCGUUCUAAAGUGCCACAUUCCUCCCUUUUAGCAUGUUGCCCAAUUUUACUCAAUGCAAGUUAAUUGCCCAAUAUUACUAUUAUCAUGUAAGAUUGUUCAGUAAUAAAGUAUAUUUUAUAUAA